GUAGGAUCCUCGGAAACUCAACCUUGGCAAGGGAGAGAAACCGCACACUUCGCAGACGUGAAAGGCGUCACGAACGAAGCCAAGAGCUAUCGUCGGGGAAGAUCCUGCCGUGUCAAGCGUGUCAUGGGAGGAGGGAUAUAUAAAGUGACGAGGAAUAGCGCGCGCACCUUAAUCUUUGCUCCCAUGGCCGCCUCCAACGAACCCACAGUGUACUUGGUGAGCGGCGCGAACCGCGGUAUCGGUAUGGUGCACCCUGCCUGCGUUGCUGAACGUGCUCACGCCAGCACAUCGCCAGGUCUCGCCAUAGUGACUCUACUUGCCUCCCGUUCAGACGCCAUCGUCUUCGCUGGCGCUCGCAGCCCCGAGAGCGCCGACAAGCUGCACGCGCUUUCGCGGGCGCAUCCAGGACGUGUCCAUGUCGUCAAGCUCGUGUCUGCGGACCGCGCGGACAACGACGCCGCCGUGGAGGAAAUAAAGCGGACGGCGGGCCAUCUGAACGUCGUCAUCGCCAACGCUGGCAUCAGCGACUGCUUCAAGGAUGCCCUGGCGAUAUCUCCCGAGGAGAUGACUAGACAUUUUGAGGUCAAUACGAACGGUCCACUCGUCCUCUUCCAAGCGACGUACCCACUUCUGCGAGCGAGUAAAGCGCCCAAGUUCGCAGCAGUCACGUCGCACGUCGGCAGCAUCGCCGGGGGGACGCAGCUCGAGAACACCGUAUACGCGUACGGUGCGUCGAAGGCGGCCCUCAAUUGGGUUACGCGGAAGCUGCACUUCCAGUACCCGGAGAUCACCAUCUUCCCCAUCGCCCCGGGAGGUGCCGACACCGAUAUGGUCAAGGUGUCUCUGACGCUAGAUCCGGGGAUGCAGAAAGUCAUCGAUGGGUACUCGCUCGGGCCGCCCGAGGUAUGUGCGAGAGGAGUUCUCGAGCAAGUGGACAUCGCAACGCGGGAGACGCAUGGGGGAAAGUUGGUGGAUUACACCGGAUUAGACAAGUGGGAGUGGUGAAAGAGCUGGGCGUAGAAUACGGAGCCUUCUUGGAGCGAGCUAUAGGACCUGGUUCAAGUCGUACUGGAACCUGAAAGGGUAUUCAGAACGAUCAAUGAUGAUUGUUGCAGUCAAGGCGCGAGCGGCGAGGUCCGAG